AUGUCCUCCCUCGCGACGCCUUUCCCUGCUCCUCAUCAACGAUCGUCGGACAUGCGCUCGCAAUACCAGGACGGCAGCCGCGCGUCUAUUCAAACAGAUGUACGCAACAGCAGAGGGUCUCCUGCAGGGUUUCUAGUCCCCAAAUGUCCAUUUGACGUCGAGAUCCUAAAUGAUGAGCGCGGGCGAGAUAUCGUCUUCGGCACCGGCGCUUGGAGCAUCGUCUACAAAGCCAUAGCGCACCCCCGAAUCCAGGCCAACUCACAGUCUUUGACUCCACCACAGUCCCCUAUGGCGUCUCCACCUGUUGUCGUGGCCGUAAAGACGCCAACGCGACGGGAUUCGACCACCAUCCUGAGAAACGAGGCCAAAGUCCUCAGCUAUCUUCACAGCAUAUCUGGAAGUAGCCGCUAUAUUGUUCCCUUUCACGGCAUCAUGGAUGAGGCGACUCUGGUUCUCGAAGCCAUUCCCUUCUCGCUCGAAGGGCAUAUUCGCAAAUGCGCAGUCUCCGCGUCGCGCAACUUCUCCACAGGGACCAUGAACAAACCUGUCAUCGGUAGCACCACCACAUGGCUCCAGCUCGCGCACUGCCUGGUCUCCGCUCUUGCCUGGCUGCAUUGCGAUGCCGGCGUGGUUCAUGGUGACAUCAAGCCGGGAAAUAUCCUCCUCACGCACAUGCAAGGACCGGAGCCCGGAACCGACAUCGUCGGCGACGCGACGUUAACCUUCGACCCGAUCUAUGCCGACUUCUCGUCUGCACAGCUCCUCAACGCAGGCGAAACCACACCCAACACCCUGUCCGCAGUGACCAGAGAAUACACCGCUCCGGAACUUCUGAAAUCUAGCGUGCUACGCGAUCCCACAUCGAGCGCGACCACGGCCUCGGACGUGUUUUCACUGGCCGUCACUCUCCUCGUUGCUGCUACCGGCCAGUUGCUUGUGUAUCCCGGCAGUGUUUUCCAACGGCAAGCGAUGGCAACCCAAGGCUGGAUGGUUAUCGACCACGUCAGGAAUGGAGAGCAAGGUACUAGAGUACCCCGGAUGGGCGUUGUCGAGAGGGUGCUCGAACGAGCAGUCCUGAAAGCCGACAUGGGCCGAGUCGGGGCGCCGGAGUGGUUAGCCAUCGUCGAGAGCGUGGGCAAGGGUGAGCCGACCAAACAAUGA